GAUAUUAAAUAAAUUAUUUAUUUGAAAUGGUAAAGAAGGAAAAGGGGAAAGCAAAUCCAUUAGGUGAGAUUAGUAGAGAUUAUACAAUUAAUCUACAUAAAGGUGUUCAUAAAGAAACAUUUAAGAGAAAAGCUCCAAGAGCAGUCUCAUAUAUUGUAGAUUUUGGUAUGAAGAUGAGUUAAUUAGUAAGCAAGAAAGAAUAUGUUAACAGAAGAUGUUAGAAUAGAUCCUUCUUUAAAUGAGGCUGUUUGGGCUAAAGGUAUAAGAAAUUUACCAAGAAGAAUCAGAGUUAGAUUACUUAGAAAAAAGAAGGAAGAAGAUGAUGGAAAAGGUAAAUAUUAUACACUUGCAUAACAUGUUCCUGUUGAUUCAUUUGAUGGUUUAAAAACAGAAAUCAUCAAGUCAUGAUGAUCAUAAUAUAUUAAUAUUAAAAUAUAAUAAUCAGUUAAUGCU